GUUGCUCUGACAACAGUCUGCCCUUUAUAUAAGAAUGGUAAAGGGAGGAAGUCAUCUUUUCUGCUCUACAGGUUACUUCAGCUUUUGCCUCUGUUGAUGUCUGUGGCAACACCUCUGCAGUCAGUGAACACUCAGAUUUUGUCCUUCUUCCUGUGACUGAUCAAAGAAAGACAUGUGAAACAUUGGUGAUAGUCUCCGAUAGAAAUUUUUAUCCACAAUGAUGCAUCUCCCAAACAGAAGUAUCCAGAGUGUCAACAUAGUCUUCUCCUCUGGGGCCAUACUCAUGUUGGUGGUAGGAUUAAUCAUGGAAAACUGGGUGGAACUGAUUCCCAAAAUAAGAAAGGAUAAGACUACCCACAGUCCAUGGCUGGGUUGCUGUCCUGCUUUUUGGCCUGAAGAUAGCCUGGGGACGAUCAGUAGCAUGAUGAGGAUGAGUCUCAACAUAUCCAUCUAUCUUAAUUUGAUCAUAGGUCUGCAAUUCACCUCUAUGAUUUCUCAAAAUAAGUGUAUGCACCUCCUAAUUGGUUUCCUGAGUUUCUUCACAGGUUGCCUUUUGUUCUAUGCAGUCACUGUGUAUCAUCACAAGCUAAAUAAAGGUCAACAAACAUACUUUGUUGCUUACAAGGUCAAAUGGAUCGCUUUCACUGUCUACUUAGCCAUCGCACUCUUCCUUACCUGUGGUAUCUUCUGUUUCAUGCAGUGCACAGAUAAAUGUGCCUGCCUGAAAUUCUGUAUACCAUCCAGCGAAGUUAGUAGCAGAAGACUGUCUGGGAGUUCAAUCCAAGUUAUUUCAUUUCCAGAGCGCACCACAAUGCCUCGGAGCAUUGUCCAUGUGCACUCCAUGACCUCAAAGGAUGAUACCCUGCACAAACCACAUGUACAAUCACGUCGUGUAACCUGGGCUCUAUGACGUAGCAGUGUGUGUGUGUGU